UAUUACUGACUGCUGGGGACCGGGGAAGGAAACCACAUAGGUCCUUAGCGAGGCGAUUACCACCGCCUGCCAACUUGCAAAUGUUGGCUAAAUGUUUGCUAAUUUGUUGUUGCCAUGACUUUUUCGGUUUGCACAGCUCAGUUUCAGCAUUUACCUCCCCCGUUUUAAAGAAAGUGGAGUCGGAUAUCGAAAAGGUAAUUUAGGCAUACACACAGGAGUGACAGUCUUAAACGUAGACUGAGCUGCUGAAGUUGCUGUGAGAUAAUGUACUCAAACAGGUCUGAGUACAGCCACAGUCGGCAGUACAGUGACAAAAGCUCAAGGCACUGGGACGGCUACGAUGACCGACGGGAAAGACGUGAACCUCACAGAGAUAAACAGCGGGAGUCCCAUCAUAAAUACGGUGGAGAUGGACACAGUCGCUCAGAGAGGACAAGCAGAAGCAGAGAGUACAGUGACUCACCUAAGAGGCUGUACUGUAAAGACUCACUGAACAGAGAAAGGAGCAGAAAGAGCCCGGGGAGGAGACGCAUGUCUUCACCAGAUAGGGGUGCUUCCGAAAAGAAAAGGCAAAGGUUUACAAAGGGUGAUGAAGAUGAUUACAGAUAUAGGCAUGUGCCUGAGGAUAAAGUGAGCAGGCAGUCACCAGAAAGUUUUUCACAUGCACCACCAUCCAAGGACUUUAAACAUACACUACCACAGGAAAAAGCUAUCAAAUACAGGAAAACAACUCAAGACUCCAGACACAGAUAUCGUCAUGACGGGUUCACCCACAGACAGCAACGUGAUGAUUUGACUUGCAGGAGCUGGGACCAUUCACCAGAAGGGUCACAAUCACAGGAUCACCCCGUGAAGUGCUUUGAGAGCGAUGUCACCCACCAAAGUGCUGCGGCUCCUGAGCAGAAGAAGUUAACCAAUGGUUUCCAGCGUUUCCUUGAUGUGCUCAACAAAGGCGUGAACAUCGCCAUGCUCACUAAGAUAGUGACGCAGACCUCUACAGAAGUGGACAAUCGACCACAAUCUCCAAGUUCUUUGAUGAAUACUCCAGAGGAUCAAUGGUCUCCCAGUUGUAAUGAGACGCAACAGGGAAGCCACCAAGCUACCAGCCCCUGGGGUGAGAGUGAAGGAUCCCAGAGCCUGGCAAGUCCACAGCCUCGACACAGGUCCAUCAGCCCCAAGGUGUGUCCUCUGUCUGGUGAAAAGAGUGAUAGAGAACAGAGAUUUUUCAACUCCAGCGGUAGAUCUGUGUCUCCCUCAGUGGUGGAAAAUGUAACAUUGGCACCUGAAGACGAGGAGAAGCACAAGCACAUGCAAGAUAUUUUGCAGGCCAUUGGCAUGAACUUAGGAUAUGAGGAACUGGGCCAAAUGUCACAUCGAAUCCAGGAGCGGUUAUAUGGAAAGAAGGAUAGUGAAGGGGGCCGCUGUCGCAGAGGAAGCAGGGAAAGGGACACAAGGCGAGCAUUUUCACCAAGACGGCAAAAUCGAUCGUCGUCAAGUAGGUCUAGUUUUAGCCCACCGAGUCGGGAAUAUCACAUGAAAAAAGACUCCUAUAGUGCUCAGAGGGAUGUAACAGGGGUGCAACAAGUACAUCAAGCUGUUGAUUGUGGCCCGGAAAGCAGUGGUAGCAUUUUACAGGAGAGUGAGAAAUGUGACGUUAAUUCCCAGGAAAACGCUGCUGCAUGUCAAAUGUAUUUGCAGAAUCCCACAUACACUUUGUCAGAGCCAUCACCUGCAGCUGUGAUGGCCAUGUGCUCUCCAGUAAACUGUUCACCGCUGCCAUACCGAGCUCUGCCUCCUAGCGUGUCCCAUGUUGGACCUGGGCUUUUUUUGCCUCGUUUGCCACCCUUACUCCCAUAUCCUCAUGUCCCACCUUUGAACAUGUCUCCAGUCGUACUUGCUCAAACCAGGCACCUGCUCCCACAGCACAUGGGUAAUCCUCGGCCACUUUUUAACUUGCCAGUUCAGCCUCUGAAUGCCACACAAAAAUCCAAAACACUGUCAAGGCCCCGCUGUUUGCAGGUCAUUGAAACCAAACAACCUGGAUAAAGACAGUUCCAUGUUUUUUUUUUCUUUUUUAAGAAGAGUAGGGUCAAACAAUGAAAACACCUAUGAGAUUGACACACAUAUGUGGUGUUGGAGGCCUGUUCUUCUCCCCAUAGCAGUGUCAUGUUUAAUAAAAAUUAUCAACAGUGUCCAGAAAGUGUUUAAUUUGUGAAAACUUCUUAAUAUUGUUAUUAAAAAUUUGUGUAAAAACAUGAUAUAAUUUUUGUUAAUAUUAUGACAAUCUAGAGAGGUCUCAUGUAGAAUAUCCUAAUAAUAAUCCAUAAUCUAGAGUUUAGUCUUGAGAGGGUUUUGCUUGACCUACAGUUGCAAAACAAGCAUUAUACUUCGGUUUCCCUGCUUGUUAGGUUGACAUGUUUCCUUGCCAUGUACACAUGCAGAAAAAAAAUGUAAAUAUUUCACUUGCGUAAUAUUAAAACAGUGAUUUGAAGUUAAUUGGUGGAGAAAUGUUUAAUUGUACUAAUUUGUCUUGACUACCUUGUUAAAACAUGAAAAAAUCAGGCUGCACAGCACAUUCAGUCGUCAUGAAUAUGUACAUACAACAUUCUGCCAUCAAGAGUUUUUUGACUGAUCAAAAUCAUGGUGAUACUGACAUGCUAUAGAGACAGAAAUUGGACUUAUCAAAUAUCAUUUGGAAGUAUUUCAUAGCAGCUCCCUGUCAAACCUUCAGACAGGUGAACCUGCCAUACACCGCCUGUUCAGCCUCCAGUUGCUUUGGUUGGAGGAGAAUGGAGUCGGUGCGCAUGUUAAUGUCCAUCAUUAGGAUUUUAUUGAAGGAGAGCCAGGACCUGAGGACAAGUCAACGACUUAUAUCACAGUAUAUGGUCACGCACAAGAGUAAUUCCUGUGGUGGGGGGCCUCCAUCCAGCAGGUGGUGCUGUUAAUAUCCAUAUUCAACACCAGCAAAGAGUGUAGUUUUGAUCCCUCUGUAGAGUCGUUAUCCUUUAACACUAACAGCUGUCCUUUCCUGCUGAGGUGCUUGUCGAAAGCUUCGUUUUGACAUUUCGCUGUCAAAGAACUUUCGGAUUAACAGCCCUGAUAUACAAUUUCCCCCGCGUUGCAAUGGAAGAAUGGACCACUUAAGCAGCCGUAAGAGUGUGCUGACUUCAUAAACUGUGAGAAAGACUGGCUGAAGCAUGAAUCCACUUGACCUGGAAGAUGCUCUUCGAAGGCUGCAAAGAAGUCAGAACCCAAAUCACCAGUCUGUGUCCAAUAGCUGCGUGCAGGAUGCCUCGGGAGCUCAGAGUGACUGGCACACUUACUGCCAAUACUCAAGAUACACUGUUGAUGAACCACAAAGUAAGUUGCUGGGAGUGAAUUUGGGAUCGAAGGGAUUCAGUCCUUACUCACAUAACUUUGACAUUAAAGAGUCAAAAGUCAAGGACCCAGAUGGAGAACCUUUUGAAGUGGAUGAGGGGGAUCCCGAGCUGAUAAGAAAGCGGAAAGAGCUUAGAGAGAUUGAGGAGCAGAUAAUGCAUAAGAAAGUUGCUAUUGCUCUGAAAAAAGUUAAACCAGGCUUUUCCUGUAAUGAACAUUCAGCUCCAUGCCAUGGUGCAACUCUUCAAGACAGGGUGAACAAAAUUUUGCAGCAACGACAUCCUGCCGGCUUUCUGUCAAAGGUCCACCCUCCCAAAGACAGGAUGAACUUGUCCAGCUUGAGCACAAAUGGUUUGCUGCAGGAAGACCAUCCCCUGAAACUCAGAGUGAAGGCACUAAUGAAGCAGAGAUGUAGCGAUCCCUGUGUUUUUCCCGCAAAGAGAGAGGUCCCUGGAGUCACACCACAUGCUCCCAGGCAAAGCAUUUCUUCACCAGCCAAGAAGGAAGACAGCGUCCACCAGGGUUUUCAGCGCUUCCUCAGCGUGCUCAACAAAGGAGUGGACAUAGACUUGCUCAGUAGGAUUGUAAAUGAUGACGGUGAGGAUGUUCCUGUAUGUGAAGAGCUCCUGAACAUUCAGCCCCCUGCUGUGGAGGACAAGUCAGGUCUGCCCUUCAAGGUUGAAAGCCAGCGAUUGAACAGUGGAGACUCGCUGCUUGGCCACAGUGGGACCAACUGUCAAGAGAGAUCGCUCAGCAAUCAUCUACCUGGUGAUGGUAAGAAGAAAAAUGACACAGGAGACCGUUGUUAUGGCUCUAGUAAUCGAAACAAGUCUUCCCCGGUGGUGAAGAGGAAGAAGAAAGAGGAAGAAGAGAAGUCAAAGGCAGAUGAGCAGCAUGAACAACUCCAGAACAUUCUAAACACUCUGGGGUUGAGCCUGGAAGUGGAUGAGAUGAGCAAAUUAGCAGACCGAACUCAGGAGAGGUUGUAUGGGAAAAAACCUGACGGCAUGAGGGCCGACAGCAGAAAGGAGCUGGAGAGUCAGCAGAAGGGCUCUCACAGAUCAUACAGGAACUCCUCAUCUUCCGCUUCCUCUUCCUCUUCCUCGUCCUCGUCAUCCUCGUCAAGGUCGACCUCCAGAAGCGUUAGUCCCAGUCCUUCUCGACGUCGGCGCUCCCACAGCAGAAACUCUAGACGAAGGCGAACGUCUGAACGCAGCGUCUCAAGAGAUGGAAGCAGAGACGGACUGCCAUGCCGAGACAAAGACUUAAAAGAAACGCCCACGUAUGAACAUUCAUAUCCACAAAGCCAAAUGUAUCCCCAUCCCCAUCCCCAUCCCACUGCUUUUCCUGUAUUCCCAGAUUACAGCCAGUACUCUCAGUACAGUGCUUACCACAGUGGCUCUUACAACACUCCUACAAAUUCUUACUGGACAUAUAGUCAGAAUGCUAUUGCUCCCUCCCUUUAUCCCAGUGGAUAUUCUUAUCCCCUGAACACCUGUCAUCAGUUUCCUGCCUCUGCAGUGAAAUCUGACAAGGUUUACCCUUGCCACAAGCCUCCUAAAGACUUUAACUUACUUGCGAAUCCAGAUCUGUCUGAAAGUGAAGGCCAAAUUGGAUCGACAUCUGGUCCUCGCUGCUUGCAAGUCAUCAGCAUUAAGCAGACAAACACUCAGAAGUGUCUAAAGCAACUCACAAAAAGUCACAAAAAGAGAAAGGGGAACAAGAACACUUGGAAGAAUAGACGUCGCUUACAGAGGAGACGAAGAGCAGCAGCAAAACGGGAAGCAGAGGCUUUGAAGAAGCUGAAAGAUCAACAGGGGAAGGAAGAAUCCCCCGAUGCCAAAGCCGAGCAGUCAGAAGAGGAAAAACAGCAGCCAACUGAGGAGGAAAUAAAGGCCAACCUGAGAAAAAAGCUUGAAGCAUUUAACCAGAAGGGGACCCAAAAACUGACACAGCCGGCCAACUCUCUCUCCGUUCAGACUGAUUGAAAUCUAUGGAAUGUCAUGAGAGUCUUUAAUCUGAUCCUGCUGUGAGUCCCGACAGGCCAUGUGGCCUUCACGUCUAACAUUCUUUCCUCACACAUGCAGUUUGUAGUGUAACAGGGCCAUUUAGUUUUUUAGUCCUAUUUCCAGAUUUGUAUUGAAACACUCCUCAAACAAGUAAGUGACUUCCUCUAGAACAAAAUAUUGUUGUGCAGUUUAAGUGCCAGUUUGUGUUUAGACAGGAUUUACUCAGCUCAGCUCUGUAUUUCUGUGAAUAUCUCUACUUUGUAACUCUGUUUCUAACUUGCAUUUUUUUUUCUCUUGGUACUGUAUAAAUUUGAUGAAGCAAAA